AUAAAUAGGUAUUCCAAGAUCCAAUUCAAUCAGAAGAGUUUCAGACGUUGCUGCUAUUGCCAUUGACAACUUUCCAAACACAGAAGAAGCACUUUGUAGAGGAGAAUAUGGCGUCAUAAGAAGCCUGGUUCGGGUAUUAGAGGGUGGCCUUGAAGGCAAAAGGCAAGUAGAUAAAGUCAUCGACAAGUGUGCCUCCAUGCAGAACUUACGUGAGGCAAUUGCCACUUAUCGCAAUAGCAUUUUACGUCAACCAGAUGAAAUGAAAAGGGAGGCGUUGCUUUCAUUUUUUGUGGAGUAUCUUGAGAGAUACUACUUUCUUAUAUGCUUUGCUGUCUACAUUCAUUCAGAGAAAUCAGCCCUUCAAUCUAAAUUUGUUGGUAAUAGCAGUUUUGCUGACUGGAUGAGAGCGAGACCAGAACUCUAUAGCAUUCUUCGCAGACUGCUUAGGAGAGAUCCAAUGGGUGCACUUGGCUAUGCAAGUUUGAAGCCAUCCCUCAUGAAGAUUGCUGAAUCUACUGAUGGUCGUCCUUCUGAGAUGGGUAUAGUUGCUGCAUCAAGAAAUGGUGAGGUUUUAGGCAGCCAAACUGUUCUGAAAAGUGAUCACUGCCCAGGUUGUCAAAACCAAAACUUACCUGAAAGAGUGGAGGGUGCCCCUAAUUUUCAGGAAGUUCCUGGUUUUCCAGUUUAUGGAGUGGCAAAUCCAAAUAUUGAUGGAAUACAAUCUAUGAUACAAAGAAUUGGUGACUCAAAAAGUGGUCGUCCAGUUCUUUGGCACAAUAUGAGAGAGGAACCUAUUAUUUACAUAAAUGGAAAACCAUUUGUGCUCUGCGAGGUUGAAAGACCGUACAAAAACAUUCUUGAAUACUCAGGCAUUGAUCGUGAAAGAGUGGAAAGAAUGGAUGCUCGACUAAAAGAAGAUAUCCUGAGAGAAGCUGAACGUUAUGGAGGUGCCUAA